GUACGUACUACCUUAUUGAAUUGAACCAAUGUAAUUGUUCAACAGCGACACCAUCAGGUCUCUGUUUUUAUACCAACGUGCGUUCAAUGCGAUCCCUUUCCUCUUAAGUUCGGAAAAUGGUCCGAAAUAGUUACGAUUUGUUUCUUAUGCAGAAAGUGCCACAUGAGUCUGGGAAAUCAGAAUUAACGCUCUGCCUUAACUAAAUUUCACCUUGCUUUUUAAAAUAUGAUGAAUCGCAUAAACAGAGUGGUAGUAUGAUAGAGUUUCCAACACAGAGGACUGGGGACGGGAUGAAAAGAGGUGCGUCAAAGCGAAUGCACAUAUAUGCACAUAGAAAGUAUUCCGAUUGAGGAAAGUAAAUACAGGAUCAAAACGAAACAAAGCGAAAUCGCGGACAUUUCAUACUAUUUUAAAAAAAGAGUACGAAUGGUACGAAAGAGUACGUUCGGUUCGUUAAUAGUGUUAUGCCGGGUCCAGCGCUCGCAGUGGCCGCAGAUGCGUAGCCAGCGCCCCUCCCUUCUCAUCUGGGCUGGGCCUGACGGGGCCUGACCGCGGACUGCUGGGAGAUCUGCAUUCAAUAAUAAUCAUUACGGGGCAUCUUCAGUGCAUACAUCCCAGAACACUGCUAUUGAAUUCGAACGUACCGUAAAAGGUGCCACCGAGGAAAACUGACCGUGACGCGUGUUUUGCAGACGGGAGACCUGCAGAAUGAACCUGUUCGGGGGCAUUUCGGCACGCAUACAAAAGGACAGACUGAAGGCAGAAGGCGUGGGGACCCAAGAGCAGGCGGUGAAAUUUCUCAACCAGGACUACGAAUCCCUGAAGCAGGAAUGUUUAGGGAGUGGCCAGCUCUUCGAGGACCCAUCUUUCCCAGCUCAACCCCUGUCCCUGGGCUUCAAGGAACUGGCCCCCAACACUUCCAAGACGCGGGGCGUGAAAUGGAUACGGCCCACGGAGCUGUCAGAAAACCCUCAGUUCAUCUUGGGUGGAGCUACUAGGACGGAUAUUUGUCAGGGGGCUCUAGGGGACUGCUGGCUCCUGGCUGCCAUCGCCUCCCUCACUCUCAACGAGAAACUCCUCCACAGAGUGGUCCCCCAUGGACAGUCUUUCACCAAUGGCUAUGCCGGAAUCUUCCACUUCCAGUUCUGGCAGUUCGGCGAGUGGGUGGAUGUGGUCAUCGACGACCGGCUUCCAGUCAAGGAUGGGGAGCUCAUGUUUGUUCACUCCGCAGAGGGCUGUGAGUUCUGGAGCGCACUGCUGGAGAAGGCCUAUGCCAAACUAAAUGGCUCCUAUGAAGCUCUGUCAGGGGGCAGCACUACUGAAGGCUUUGAGGAUUUCACGGGGGGUGUGUCCGAGAUGUAUGAGCUUCGUAAGGCGCCCAAGGACCUGUACAGGAUCAUAGCCAAGGCUUUGGAAAGGGGAUCUCUGCUGGGAUGCUCCAUCGAUAUCACCAGUGCCUUUGACAUGGAGGCUGUGACGUUCAAAAAGCUGGUCAAAGGUCAUGCCUAUUCUGUUACAGGUCUGAGGCAGGUGUUGUACCGGAGCAGGCCGGAGAAGCUUAUCCGUAUCCGAAACCCUUGGGGUCAGGUGGAGUGGACUGGGGCCUGGAGCGAUAACUCUCCUGAAUGGAAUAGCAUCGAGCCAUCUGACAGGGAGAACAUGCACUGUCGGAAGGAGGACGGAGAGUUCUGGAUGUCAUUCCAGGAAUUCUUGAGGCAGUUCUCGCGCCUGGAGAUCUGCAACCUGACUGCAGAUGCCCUGAGCGAGGACACACUGAGUUUCUGGAAUACAGUCAAGUUCGAGGGCAGCUGGAGAAAAGGCAGCACGGCGGGCGGCUGCAGGAACCAUCCCAAUACCUUCUGGAUUAACCCACAGUUUAAGGUGACACUGCUUGAGGAAGAUGAUGACCCUGAGGAUGACGAGGUGGCCUGCAGCUUCCUUGUGGCACUGAUGCAGAAGGACCGGCGGAGAUACCGACGGCAGGGCCAGGAUAUGCACACCAUUGGCUUUGCCAUCUACGAGGUCCCAGAAGAGUUUAAGGGCUGCCAAAGUGUCCACCUGAAGAAGGACUUCUUCUUGAAGCACUCCUCCUGCGCACGCUCCGAGACGUUCAUCAACCUAAGGGAGGUGAGCGCCCGCCUGCGUCUCCCGCCGGGGGAGUACCUGGUGGUGCCCUCUACCUUCGAGCCAGGAAAAGAUGCCGACUUCAUCCUCCGGGUCUUCACAGAGAAGACGUCCGAGUCCCUGGAGCUGGACAAUGACAUAGUUGCCAACAUAGAAGAUGAGGACGUCUCUGAAGGCGAUAUUGAUGACAACUUCAGGUCAAUGUUUGCAAGGUUGUCAGGCGAGGACAUGGAGAUUGCAGCUCACGAGCUCCGUACCAUACUGAACAGAGUGGUGUCCAAGCACAAAGACCUGAAGACUGACGGCUUCAGCAUGGAGUCGUGCAGAGGAAUGAUCAGUCUCUUGGAUAAAGAUGGCAGCGCCCGACUUGGGCUGGUGGAGUUUCAGGUCAUGUGGAACAAGAUUAAAAAGUGGCUGGGGGUCUUCAGGCAGUUUGACCUUGAUAACUCAGGAACCAUGAGCUCCUAUGAGAUGCGGCUUGCGCUGGAGUCAGCAGGCUUCAAGCUAAACAACAAACUGAACCAGGUCCUGGUAGCUAGAUAUGCGGACAAUGAGAUGAUCGACUUCGACAACUUCAUCUGCUGCCUGGUGAAACUGGAAUCCAUGUUCAGAGCUUUCAAGGAAAUGGAAAAAGAGACCAGUGGUGUGGUGGAGCUGAAUGUCUCAGAGUGGCUCUAUAUGACCAUGUGUGGUUGAAGAGGAGGGGGCGCCAAGGCCCUGCACGCCGUGUGCCGUGCUUCGCUGCCUGCAAAUAACCCAAACGUAUCUAUACUGAAGAAGAUGAUGGAGGGUUUUUGCUCUUCACCAAAACUCUUCCUUUUGCUGCUGCUACAAGGUCUUCUUUUUAUUUAACUAUGCAAUACUUAAUUUAAUAUUUAACUAUGCGUCUACAUAAAACAUAACACUGCACUACAGUGAGUAAAACACUGACGCAUGAAUGAUGUUAUUGUAUAAGCAUUAUAAGUAUUAUACAUUCAGUAGGGUAUUCUGCCUGCAUGGUAUUAUAAUUAACAAUGCUAGCAGUCGAAAUGCUAGCCCAGUCUCUCAUCUCACCAUUUUAUCCUGAUAAAGUAAGUCGUUUAUGCCUUUGAAAUGUUUCCCUCAAUGUAUUUUUGGUGCUGCAAUUUUAAUUGAAGGUUACAAUAAAAAAAAAAAAAGUAUGGUAUAUUAAUUAAACACUAUUAUUGCAUUAUUGUUUUUUCGGUUCAUUGAAAGUGUACUUAAUUGCGUAGGAUAUUAAGCUGAUAGGAGAGCAAGAUGGAAUAUACAACAACCAAAGAAUUCCUAUGUACCUGUACACGUAUUUAUGCAAAUGAAUAAUAAAAAUGGUCUUAAAUA